AAAGAUUAAAUUAAACAAAAAUGAAAUCAACCCCUGAGCUCCGAAUCUCCUCAAAAGCAAACCUUUCUUUCCUCUUUCUCUCUCAACUCUCGAAGUUCUUCUCUCCAGCUCUCCCCGCCCUUCUUCUCUCUCCGUCUUUCUCUGUCUCUGUCUCUCUCUGUGUAAUGAUGGAGAAGACGUCGCCGGAGCUAGACUUAGACAAUCUGAGGGCGAUCAGGGUUCUUGGAAGUGGAGCCAUGGGCACUGUGUUCUUGGUUCACGAUCAAACCACAGACCCAUCUGCCUCUUCACCUUUCGCCUUAAAAGUGGUGGAGAAAUCAACCCUUUACGGCAAAUUCGAGGGUGAUCGACGAGCAAGAUGGGAGGUUUCCGUUCUAUCUCGCCUGAACCACUCUUUCCUUCCAAAUCUUCUCGGCACUCUCGAGACUGAUGAGUACAUGGCUUGGGCGGUUCCGUACUGUCCCGGCGGCGAUCUUAACGUCCUCCGCUACCAUCAAACAGACCGUGUCUUCUCCUCCUCCGCCAUCCGCUUCUACGUCGCUGAAAUCGUAUGUGCACUCGAGUAUCUACACCGUAUGAACAUCGUAUACCGUGAUCUCAAGCCGGAGAAUGUCCUCAUUCAACAAUCCGGCCACAUCACCCUCACCGACUUCGACCUCACUCGAACUCUCAAACCCAGACCGGCCGGCUGGGUCUCCGAACCGGAAGUGCUUGAUCUUGCAGCGGCGAAGGAUAAACCGAAACACCGCAGGAACCUAACCCGGCUCAUAUCGGUCGUAUCGGAGAAAGGUGGGUUGACGAAAGUGAAGUCUGCGCGUGUCUCUCCGGUGAGUCGAAAGAAACCGAGUUUCUCCAACGGGGAACGUUCCAACUCGUUCGUGGGUACGGAAGAGUACGUAUCACCCGAGGUAGUACGUGGAGAAGGACACGAGUUCGCCGUCGAUUGGUGGGCUUUGGGAAUUUUAACGUACGAGAUGAUGUAUGGUUCGACGCCGUUUCGGGGGAAGAACCGAAAGGAAACGUUUCGGAACGUUUUGAUCAAGCCCCCGGAGUUCGUAGGUAAACGGACGGUUCUCAUGGAUUUGAUCGAACGGUUGUUAGAGAAGGACCCCACACGAAGGCUCGGGUACAAUGAAGGAGCAGUGGAGAUUAAAAGGCAUCCUUUCUUUAAUGGGUUGAGAUGGGAUUUGCUGACGGAGGUGUUACGACCGCCGUUUCUGGCGUUAAAAGACGAAGAUGAGACUUUCACGGAGAAAAUUAAGGGUGGUGGGACAGAUAUUAGAGAGUACUUUCAGAAUCUAAAGGCUCCGCCGUCAGUUCCUCCGUCACCGUUACCGUCGCCGUCAUCUGAAUACCGGGUAAACGUUUCGUUGACGGAAUUCUGACUAGCUAGUCUCUCUCACAAGUGUAAUUACUUUAUAGCCUACGAAAGAAAGUUACUUUCGCCGUUUGUACAUACAGAGAAAAGACAAAUCAUAUACCUGAUAAUGACGUUAGAAGAAAGGAACUUUGUAUUGUUUAAAGCUAAUUUUCAUUAAAGCUAUUGUACUUUA